AUGACCGCUGCAGGCACGGAUGAACAGUCGGAUGACUCCGACGAGGAGUCCACCGAGACGUGUCGAUGGUGCCCUUCGAUGAAGAAGAAAAUCAUAGAGGGCUGGGGGGCCCUUCGAUGUCGCCUCGGGAUGCGUGUGGAGAGACUGCAGAGAGUGAGGCAGGUUUGUUUCCAGCGGAAGCAGCUGAAAGACGAUGAGGAGGAGCUCAAUCGCCAGAGGGCCACUGCCUUCAUGGUGGGCCAUUUCCAUGUGCCAAAGAAUCAGCACCACGAAGUGGAAAAGGAGUCCCUCUACGGUGCAGUGAUCUUGAUCCCACAGAUUGGGCGCUCCUGCCGCUGGCCGCGCGCCUUAACGUUUGUGACGGUUCGAGUUUAUAUGCUUUUCCUGUUGAACUUUGUUCUUCAAUCAAUGCUAUUGAGCGAGAUCGCUCGCGAGCAGAACGUCUUGGAUCUGUUCGCAGGGCAGAUGUGGCUCUGUGACUUUGGAGCUCCUUUGGAGGACUGUCCUUCGAGCCCAUCCUGCACCGGACCUGGCGGCACGCUGGUGGAUGGUCCGAGACUGUACGAUUUCAAGUCUUGGAGUACCCGGAACUUCAUGAAAGAUUCGCUGAAGAGGCUCUUUCCCGAGCGUGAGAGUGAAAUCGACGAGGAGAUCGACCCAGGCGAAUAUGGUGCAGAAAGCCGCAUUUGUCGCUGGAUCGCUUGUUUCAUUUUCAUGCUUAGUAUACAAGAAGAGCUUAUUUUGAUUUGGAGAAUGGCGUGCAUGCUGUAUGAUAUUCCUACACAAUCAGAGUCAUGGAUCGAAUUCAAACAUCCCGGAGACGACUUGGUUGGAGACAACUGGUUGGAAUAUGUGGAUGUCACCGUGGCAGGUAUGCCAUUGAGGUGGAAGAUCAUCAACGGCAUUUUCAUCCUUGGAGCGAAGUUCAUGCUAUGGAAGUUGACGGCAGAGGUAGGAAUCACCUUUCUCAUGGAGACUCAGACCAUCUCUGACUGCAUCGUGAACUCCGUGGCCUUAUCCUUCGUGCUCCACAUGGAUGAGCUCAUCCUGAUGACUUUGACCUCCGGGAAGAUCACUUCGUGUCUGGAGAAGUGUAAUCAAUACAGUCCAGCAGAAACAACCUCGGUAGCCUGGCAAUCCCGCAUUGAGAAACCUAUUGACAAUUCCUUUUUCGCAAAUAUCCAGCUAGGCAUCCCCUGGGAGUUGAUGGCUUCAUUGCUGCUAUGCGCCUUCUUCAUCAGGGACUACUAUACCACCCAUUGUGACUGGACUUGGGAUGGUUGGUGGUACUACUCCAAGCCACUCUUCGUGCCAACGACAACAGCCUAUCCGCUCUGGAGGGCGUUCCUGCCAGAUAUAUUUCCAGUACCUAGUCAAAGCACCAGCAGUUGGACAAUGCCUGGGAUUUGGCACGCCUAA